AGGACACAACUGAGAUUGCGAGAUAUAUUUGACGUUUUUGUUUGUGAGCAUAUCGAAGAUGAUCGGUUACGUGACAAGCUUAGUUGUCCGACAUAUGUUGUUCCUGAAAUA